AUGUUGGUGAAAUACUUCCUGCCCAAGGCGGCCAACAUAAUCCAUCGAGCUCUAUCGCCGCUGGCGACUCUUCUAAUCAUUGUCAUUGUCGGCUUCGGUACCUACGUCAACCUGCCCAUCUACGCUCUGAUUGGUCAGUAUCCCCUGCUGCUGCCCACAGCAGCCGCCCUCCCCUGGAUUGGCUUUCUACUCGCCGGUCUGAUCGCCUUCCUGCUUCGAAGGCCCUGGGCCGAAGUCCUCACGAUCGCCAUAGAAACGGGUAUUCAAAACAUCGGCAUUGCCAUCCUCGUGCUGAUCUAUUCCAUGCCCCAACCGGAGGGGGAUAUAGGUGCCGUGAUGCCGCUGGUU